AACAAAAAGAUGGUUAUCCAGCGCAGUUGGAAGAUUCUAAGCGAUGCGGCAAGCACAGCGAAUAACAACAUCAACAACGAUGCACAACAACGUUCACCUGCAGGAUUGCAGGGCACUUCCUCCUCGGAUGACUCCGACUGCUCCAAUCAGACAACACACUCCAUGGACACGCGCGUCGCCAGUCCCACGAAACACAUCGAAACGGAGCCAGCGACAACAGAGGCAACUUUACACAAUGGAACGGAUGCCACACUGAAAUAUGUAACCACCCCUGAUAUGGCAGAGACAAUGCUGCAGCGCAUCAGACAGCGUUACAAUGGCGUCCACAACAUGGAGAGCGGCGGCAGUGCAGAGUCGGCAAUGCGAGCUCUGGAGUUGCUGCGCAUCAGCGUGCAACAGGCUUUCGACACGGAAGUCAAUGACAUAAUCAAGCGUUAUAUGAACAACUACUUCAAGCCCGCCUUUGGUAACAUCAAAGAGAAUCUCGGGCAGCAUGCGGUGAAUGAGGAAACGCUGCAAAAGAUGUCCUCGUGUGCUCUCCUGGAAAAUGCCAAGGCACAGUAUACGAAUUUUGUCCUACGCCAGCCACGUCCGAUUGGCGCAGCAGCAACUGUUGCUAGUGAGCAGCAACGUUUGGCCCUUAAGCGACCUGCAAAGGCGCACGAUUUGAGCAAUAGCAAAAUGUUUGCCAACAAUUUGGGCUACGCCGUAGCUGCAGGCAAGCCAAUGCCAGUGCCUGCUCAGCAGCAACAACAACAGCAGCAGCAACAGCAACAAUUGCAGCUUCAGCAGCAGCAGCAGCAACAACAGCAGCAACAGCAACAGUUACAACUGCAACUGCAACAGCAGCAACAACAACAGCAACAGCUGCAGCAGCAGCAACAGUCGCAGACAUUGCAACUACAGCGAACGCCUCUCAUUAGCGGACCUUUGCCCACACCUGUGCGUCGGCAAAUCUUCUGGAACACUGCACAGAUCAAUACGACCACAAAAUUUGUGCUGGACGUGCAGGCGAAUCUCGCCUUUGGCUUCAGCAUUGACGGCAAGGAGCUGGGUGGCGCCCGUUUGGCCAGCAAACAUCCAGAGAUCAUACGCUAUCUGCCCGACGCCGAGGAUCGCGAAUGGCUGGCGCAACGUGGCAUCAUAGCCGCCGAGAAUCGCAGCUCACGCUUUCUGUUUCUCAUUUACGACGAGGUCUGCCGGCUGCAGCAAACGCAUGAUCUCUAUCGGCACAAGACCAACAUCGAUCUCAGCAUGAUGCUCACGUUCAAUGUGACGGAGACAAUGAUACAGAAAAUGAAAUUGUUCUUUGUGGACUUGAAUAUCAAGAGUCGCGGCCUGAUAACCAAUUCAUUCAUAGUGGCCAGCAAUCAGCAGCAGCAGCAGCAGCAGCAGCAACAACAGCAACAGUUGCAGCAGCAGCAGCAGCAGCAGCAACAGUUGACUGGCAACAAUAGCCACUUACGCAAUGCGCUGCUGCAAGGCACGCCCGUUCAGCCGCAGCUGCCAACGCCAACGGCCAGCGGGGAGGAGUCUAAGGAGCUAGGAUCUACAUCCGCUGCCACGCCCUGUUUGCAGGGCACCGUCGUGGGCAGCAGCACCACCAAAGGCAAACUGAUAGCCUCCAGCUCAACUCUGAGCUCAUCGCAUGCUACGCUUACAGCGCUGCUCAAUCAAAGUGGAGCCGGCAACAAUUCGGCGCCCAGCAGCAACAAAUUCCGGAACUAAUAUGCUUCGAUUUGCAACGAUUGAAAUAAUCAAAAGUUUUUAAGUUUUCUAGUUCUAGUUCUAGUUGUAGCUGCAGCUGUGCCAACUCCUACUAUUUUCGUCACGCUAUCAUAUCGCAUUAAUUGGUACCAUCGACUAAUCAUUUGGGUGCGAAUGCAAAAAGCAAUUUCGAGCUAUUCAAUAAGAUUACUAAAAUGUAUCAUAAAUAAAAUAUAAAAGAACUUAAACU